UUGGCGCUAAGAAUCUCUUGUCCACCGUCGUAGUAAUACGUGAACCGUCAUUGGCAUUUGUAGUUGCAGCUAGUUUGGAUAUCAUUAUUAUCACACCUAAGUGUGUCAAAUCAGUGAGACCAUUCAGCAGUUUGUAGUUUCGCGAGUAGUCGAACAUUUGCUCUAUCCAGUGCAGUUCAAAAUGUAGCACCAUGAAGCAUCAGCAGUGCGUAAUUGAUCUCGCGAUCGUACUGGUUACGAUUCCAUCUCUAAUUGUUGUAGCGCUGCUGUUGGAGUAUACGAUGAACCAUACCGACUGGGCUGACCGGCUGGAGUCCCAAAUUAUCGUGCUGGGCCUGGCCGUGGCAUUCUUUGUGCUCUGCAUCAUGAUGGCCUUGUAUCUAACGCAUCGGAUAGGAUCAUGCCUAUGGACCGGGCCUCUUCCAGCUGAUCUUCACCGUACGAUCUUCACCGUUGUGCGGGAUUUGGAGAGCGGUCCACCCCCGGACUAUGAUACCAUCCUGCUGGAUCCACCACCAUACGAAAAGUUGGAGAAGUACUUACUUCUGGAUGAACCUCCUCCGUCUUAUGCCGCUUCCAUGGCGUCAUUGGAGGGUGCUCAUAUCUGAUAAGAGGGACUUGUUUGUUGAUAUUGUUUUUGUUUGAUGUGUACCGAAAACAGGGAUAGCUACAUUUCAAUUAGUGGUACACAGCGGGAUCUUAUGAGCGAAUAAACUAAACUUUUGAUGUGCACUGCUAGAACACAA